ACCUGUCUCACCUGUUCGUGUGGAUCGUUCGAUCCCUCCCAACUUCCUACAGGUCAUGUGUUACUUCCUUGAUCAUUCUUCCUUGAUCUGCAGAAUUUACUGACGGCUAUUUAUGUGUGCCUCGCACUUUGUUUUGUCGCUAAGUUUUUAAGAGGGGCCUUUCCAAAACAGACGUCUGUCUGGAGUGGUUGAAAAUGUACCGCGGAGCAAAGAGCGCGGAUUGAAAGUGGUUGGUGGCUGAGAGAAAAGAACAGAAAAAACAGCCGUUCACCUUCCGAUUUAGUCUUACAAAUGGACCACAUUGGAGAUUUCAGUGUCAAAAAUGAAGAUGAACCAAACGCAGACUUGCAGGAACCACCUCUUAGAUCGGUGAGUCCCCAAGCAGAUGCUGGUUGCCAUGGCGAAGCUGGACCCCAGAUAGUCCAGGAACACGAGGAGGACAUUUAUGACAACAUUGCCAGCGCCCGCUAUAAACUCUGCCUGCACAAAGGUGACACCCAAGAGCUGGAAAAGAUUAAAAAGGAGCUUCUUUCAAAUGACGUCUUAGAUGCGGGCAUCUAUGAGAAGACAGAGCCCAAGAACAAAUGGUCAGAGUCUUCUGCCAAACCCAUUCUGAUGCCUCCUAAAAAGGUUCCACCUCCAGUCAAAGUGAAGCCACUGUUAACAAACCAGAUUAAUAGAGCUGGUGGGGAGCAGACGCCACAAGAACUCAUUAAAGCCGCCAUAGACCUUACCAGUGAUACAGAAUCAGUGACCUUCGACUCACUCUCUCUGCCCAUGGAGCCGCUGAAACACCUGACGACGGAGCGUCCCAGAGCCCAGGGGCGAAGACCCCCCUCUCACCCCAAGGCUACAGCCGCUCUGGAUGCCAAGAAGUCCACACCGCCGUUAGUAGCACCUAAGGUCACCCUUCCGGCCAUCCACGUGUGUGAGCCUGCACCAGUCCAAAGACAUCAGCCAACAUCUGAAAGGCCAGGUCCGCCACUGCCUAGAUCACCAAUGAAAGCACAGCACGGGGCAGGAAAGGAGGAGAGGAUGGAUUCCAUUGCGUGGCUGAAAGUGGAACUGAGGCACCUCCAGCUGUCCUUAAACCUGCUGAAGAAUCAACAUUUGAACGACAUGAUUGAGUUAAAAGAAGAGAUUGCAGAGGAGCGGAUCAAAUGGACGGCGUUACAGAUGGACGUUGAAAACCUGAGAGGAAUGAUCUCGCUGUGAGACCACGAGCUCUGAACAGUCCCUACACCCCCAUCGCCUGGCUCCCAUCCACAGGCCAGGGCAUCUGAGAAUACAACGUCCGACACUGCCCUGAUGUUGGAUUGGCCUCCAGUGUGGAACCUUUGAGAACAUAAAUGUGAUUCCUGAGCCCAGCGGGAUUUGCAGGUUUUGUUUGUUGGGCUCCUUGUGGAAGCCAAGAAUCCUCAGCAUUCUCUCUCACCGUCAGAGACAUGAAGCCCGACACAGAUCUGAAAAUAAGCCUAGAGUUUUCAUGGUGACUUUCAAGAACCCAGCCUGCCUUAUUGUCAAUAAAGAACCUUCUGAAGUUUA